GGGGCGGGUGUGUGUAUGUGUGUGUGCGUGUGUGUGUGUGUCUCCAUCUCCAACACCGCGAUGAUGAGAUUUCAGUGAGACGGACACCGACAGUCUUAACUGCCUAAACGCAGUUAACUGUUCUAAUUGGACAUUUGGGUCUCACACAUCAAGACUUUACCCACCGCUGGAACAUCGGAAAGACACUGCGAACCAGCUGAUAUUUUGGAAUCCUUCGCUUUCCUGUUCUCUCGCGGUCGAACGGACUUCCCGCUUUGCUUGCCCGUCCCUGUCGCAGCCUUUCUGACAGAUACACUCAUCUAAUUUAAACUUCAAAAUUGAAUUUAUGUGUAUAACAUACCAACCGAAAGCAUAGCCGCAUACCGCAGACUCUUCCUCUUGCUGAAAACGGACUCGCGUUUUGUUACCUAGCUAUAUAAUGCCGAAACAUAUAAGAUUUCGGAGAAGGUCAUUCCUAGGGCUAUUAUUCCUGUUCUCCCUAUCCACCUCCGCAUUGUACUUCAUCUACUCGGCACCCGGUAUAGUGAAUGAGUACCUGUUUAUGGUCCAGGCCCGUGGGAUCCAGAUCAAGGAGAACAUGCGGGUCAUGGGCGAGAAGGUCCUUGAACAGGUGGUGCGAAGCGCCUACAGCGCCAAUGGCACAGACUAUGCCUACGACUUUAACCUGAGCGAGUCCGAGGUGCCAGUGACCCCCUUCCUGCCCGAGGGCUUCACCUACCUGCCCAGCCAGUUGUGCCCAGAGAAACUGCCCUCUAUGAAGGGUGUAGUGGACGUAAACAUGACCGAGAUUGGCCUGGAGAUGGUGGAGAAGUCUCUGCUGCAGCAGGAGCCCGGCCUGACCAGAGGUGGACACUGGAAACCCCACGACUGCAUCCCACGCUGGAAGGUGGCGAUACUGGUGCCAUUCCGGAACCGCCAUGAGCACCUGCCCAUCCUGUUCAGGCACCUGAUACCAAUCCUACAGAGGCAGCGGCUGCAGUUUGCCUUCUAUGUCAUUGAACAGGCGGGCAAUGAGCCAUUUAACCGCGCCAUGCUCUUCAACGUGGGCUUCAAGGAGGCCAUGAAGGACAUGGACUGGGACUGCAUGGUCUUCCACGACGUGGACCACCUCAUGGAGAGCGACCGCAACUACUACGGCUGCGGGGAGAUGCCACGACACUUCGCCGUCAAACUCAACAAGUACUCCUACAUGCUUCCGUACCAGGAGUUCUUUGGCGGUGUGAGCGGUCUGACUGUGGAGCAGUAUAGGAAGAUCAACGGCUUUCCCAACGCAUUCUGGGGCUGGGGUGGCGAGGACGACGACCUGUGGAACAGGGUCCAGUAUGCUGGGUACUCAGUGAGUCGACCGCCUGGAGAAAUUGGUCGCUACAUGUCCAUCCCACACCACCAUCGUGGAGAAGUCCAGUUCCUUGGAAGGUACACUUUACUGCGGCGCUCCAAGGAGAGGCAGAGCCUGGACGGCCUCAACAACCUGCGCUACUCCCCCCUAGUGUCCCGGAGGACUCUCUACACUAAUGUGUCUGUCAGCCUGAGCCGAGAUAUGGCACCUGUGGCCGACUACUGACCCCCCCACUACGCCACAGCAAGCUGCAUCGCCCACCCCUACCCACACACCAUCCAGCGAACCUGACCCGGGCGUGGCAGAGGACACACACACACCCCCAUACACACACAUACACACACUCACACACAUACACACACACCACCAUGGUGUCCAGACAGCUCUUACCCCACUCUCAGAGUAGAGGCAGCUCUGUCCUCUGCAGCCAAAGCCCUCCAAUACUCCGGGACAGUGUUCUCACCACUCACUGCAUUCCCCCGAAGGACAUGUCUGCCUAUUACACAGAACAGUGUUCCUUUCCAGG